GAUCAUUCGUUAUUCAUUCGGGGUCGUUCAAAGUUUUCGGUCGCGUCCGCAGAGAAAAAACAAACAAACAAACUCGCUUUCUCGUCCAUCCAUCAGCCAACGUACGCAGAAUGGGCAAUAAAUCAUCGUUGUUGCUGCGGGAGGAAGAAAUCGCCCAGAUUCACGAGGAAACUGGAUUUACACCGAAUCAAAUCGAGCGUCUGUAUUCUCGCUUCACGUCGCUCGAUCGCAAUGACUGUGGAACGCUUUCGCGCGAAGACUUUCUGCGCAUCCCGGAGCUCGCGAUCAAUCCGCUGUGUGAGCGGAUCGUGCAUUCGUUCUUCGCCGACAGCAGUGACGAUCGGGUGAACUUCCGCCAGUUCACACGCGUGCUGGCCCACUUCCGGCCGAUCAAGCCGAACAAGGAGAACAAACUGAACAGCCGCGAAGCGAAGCUGCGGUUCGCGUUCCGGAUGUACGAUCUGGAUGAUGACGAGACGAUUUCGCGCGACGAGCUGCUGAACAUUCUGCAGAUGAUGGUCGGGGCAAACAUUAGCCAGGAUCAGCUGAAUAGCAUCGCCGAGCGGACGAUCGUCGAGGCGGAUACGGUCGGUGUGGGCAAAAUUUCGUUCGACGACUUCUGUCGGGCACUGGAACGCACGGAGGUGGAACAAAAGAUGUCCAUUCGCUUCUUGAACUGAGGUGAACCCGUUCGGGCCCGCUUCCGCAGAUUCCAUUCCGGUGUAGAUAUAUUAUUUAAAACUAAUUUCAAAGGGCGCACACAACUUACUCCCAAUCUAUUGGUGAUUAGAGACCGCAAUACGCGAAAGGAUGCGAAGGUUGAUGCUUGAAACUGUUGAUGUGUAAAUAGAGGGUGGUACCAGCAAGAACAAUAAAAUGGGAAACCAAUUCUUCCGCCAGAACUAACGCGAUCUCUUUCUCCGAAAUUAAGUUCGCUUUGCGUGUCCCCAACGAGAAAUGCGCUUUAUUGACCACUAGAGUGCGUACAUAUGAUAUUAAUAUAUUUUAUUAGCUCCACAAAUCCGGCCACCGACACGGUCGUCAUAUCGG